AUGGAUUGCAUCAUGUUGCCCGUCACCCACAACCAUGGAGAUGGUUCCCAUUCAAUUUUGCAAGCCAAGGACGCUUUCAUGAUAAUCCGGUAUCCACUCAGCCUAGUCAACCUCCAGCGCUCAACCCGUGCCGGCACCUGCUCCUCCAGCGGCUCAACCCGUGCCGGCACCAGCUCCUCCAACCGCUCAACCCGUGCCGGCACCUGCUCCUCCAGCAGCUCAACCCGUGCCGGCACCAGUUCCUCCAGCGCAAGCUCUUUAAAUACCUCCGCAAGCUCCUUGAGCACAUCCGCUAGCUCUUUAAACACAUCCACACCAGUGAAGUCAAGUACCACAGUCCCUCGCAGUAACUCAUCCACAGGGGGCUGCUCAACAGUGCGCGUUCGGCGCGAAUGGAGGAAGUUCAGUCACCAAGAACAAGCCGAUUACAUCAACGCGGUGAAGUGUCUAGCCGACCUUCCUUCCAAACUACUUCCUGGAGGCGAUUAUCGUCGAUAUGACGAUUUUGAGAACGUCCACUCGAGGAUGCGCAACAAAAUCCACUGGAUUGCUGCAUUCUUACCUUGGCAUCGUCAGUUCAUGUUCUACUAUGAACAAGCCUUAAGAAAUGAAUGUGCUUAUUCCGGGAGUCUACCACGAUGGGAUUGGACUCUUGACUCGGCCGACAUGUCAAAAUCUCCCAUUUGGUCGUCUGACCCCGACGUUGGCUUUGGAGGUGACGGUCGUGAUUUCAGCAAUGCAGAUGAUGGCCUUGAUGGGGGUGUCAUAACAGAUGGCGCUUUCGCCAACUGGCCGUUAUACUAUCCCGAGUACCAUGAAUUACAACGCAGUUACAAUCUUCCCUCUCAGUACAGACAGAGAGGCCGGAGCUAUGGCAGUCAAUUUUUUGACACCGCUUCAAUCAACCGAAUUCAAAGCCAAACCACCUAUCAGAAAUUUGCCCUGGCGUUAGAAGGAACCGAUCCGUCAUCAACAGGGCCCAGCAAUCCCGGCCCACACAGCAUCAUUCACGUAAUUAUUGGUGGAGACAUCUCCCCCACUGCUUAUGCGGCAAACGAACCGUUGGUUUCUUCCUUGAUCACAUUCCGUGCUGGUUUAAAAUUUGCUAACCCUUCCAAUCUGGUUCUGGUCGGGGCGCACACACAGUCUCACUGGUGGCGAUGGCAAAACGCGCAGCGUUCUACUCGUCUAAACGCCUACGGAGGACCGGCCACCCGUGGUUCAACGCGAAACGAUGCCAAGCCGACCGACGUCCUCAAAUUUUUAGGAUUGGGUCCCGAUGUGCGCGUGCAAGAUACGAUGGACACCACCGCAGCUCCGUAUUGUUACAGAUACGAGUGA